GACAACCACUGCAGGAAGUACGAGGUUCUCCAACCAGGUUUCUAUCUGACUGAAUCAGCACUACACAAACAAGCAAUGAAGCGGACAUUCUCACUAUACGUUGCUGCAUUUGGCUUCCACCUCUCUCUCUCUCAGUCCAUCCCCAGCAUCGCCAAUCCAGACCCCAAUCCCAGUGAACGUUUAUCAUACAGCCUGAACUGCCGCCAGUGCCCCAUCGCUCUGUUAGACAUAUGUGUGUUUGGAAGUGAUAUCACAUGUGACAAUUCAACCCAAGUAUGCUAUCGUGGAAAUGCAGAGUUCAAUGGAACAUUGCCUGUGAGACUGUACACCCGCGGCUGCCUGGACCGAGACCUGUGUGAGCUUACGUUAAACGGCCUGGCCCUUGGAGCGCCUUACACCGCCCGCUUCGACUGUUGUGUCACCGAUCUGUGUAACGGAGCCACGCCGGUCCAGCUCUCCCUGACGAUGGCUGUCGGAGUGGCACUUUUUUCACUGUGGGUUGUGUAGGGGCUUGGGAUGUCACAUGAUCCAUUGUACAGGACAAACAUAUCGAGAAAUGUUUCCUGCUUGCACUUCAGGCACAAUAUGUGCUCUUGGCCAUGACUAUGACGGAUAUCAGUCUGUAUCUUUUCUGCUUUACUACGACGGAGUAUUGCAUUACGACGGGCCACAUUGAAAAAAAAUACUAAUCUGAGAUUUCAAGAAUGAAGUCGUAAAUUUACGAGAAUAAACUCGGAAAAUUUAUGAAAAAACUUGUAAUAUUACAAAAAUAAAUAUACCAGAAUAAAGUCGUAAAUUUACGAGAAUAAAGUUUUAAAUUAACAAGAAUAAAGUCAUAAAUGUAUGAGAAAAACCUUUGUAAUGCGAAAAAUGUAAAGUCGUAAAUUUAUGAGAAUAAAGUUGUACUGUUACGAGAAUAAAAUCGUAAAUAUACGAGAAUAAAGUUGUAAAUUUGCAAGAAUAAAGUCAUAAAAGUACGAGAAAAAACUUGUAAUAUUAUGAGAAUAUGUACGAGAAUAAAGUCGUAAAUGUACAAGAAUAAAGUCGUAAAUGUACGAGAAUAAAGUCGGAAUAUUACGAGAACGAAGUCAUAAAUUGAACAGAAUAAAGUCAUAAAUUUACGAGAAUAAAGUUGCAAUAUUACAAAAAUAAAGUUGGAAAUUUCCAUGAAUAAAGUCGGAAUAUUACGAGAAUAAAGUUGUAAAUUUAGGAGAAUAAAAUUAUAAAUUUACGAGAAAAAAACUUGUAAUAUUACAAGAAUAAAGUUGUAAAUGUAUGAGAAUAAAGUCGUAAAUUUACCAGAAUAAGGUCAUAAUCUAUGAGAAUAAAGUUGUGAUAUUACGAGAAUAAAGUCGUAAAUUUACGAGAAAAAACUUGUCAUUUACGACUUUAUUCUCAAAAUCUCUGAUUUUUUUUUUCAACGUGGUCCUAAUACUGUAUCGUACUUUACUGGUUUAAUCAGCGCGAAUCCAUUAAUACACUUCAGCCCAUAGCGCCCCCUACUGUACAACUAUGGUAAAUUAACUUUUAAAAACAAACUAAAAAAUGCUAAGGAAACAUGAGGUAGAAAAAGGAAUUUGUGAAAUAUUUUACACAACACAAAAAUUACAGUCCCCAACUCCAAUGAUCUGACCUGUUUGUUAUUAACUGGCCUGCGUUGUAUGACUUUCCAUGCCAGGGGUGUCCAAAGUGCGGCCUGGGGGCAUUUUCAUGCUGCAACGCAUUUUUUUAUUGGCCCUCAGCACAUAAAAGUUUGGUUCAUUCAUUAUUACAACAGAAGUUAUCAACGUUUUGUUCAAAUAGCGGGGCGUAUAUUGACCUAUGAUGUACUGGCUUUGGCAUCUACGAUACGCAUAGUUAGGGAUGCUCCGAUUGAUCGGCCACCGAUGGAAAUCGGGCGAUAUCCGUGAAAAAGCAUGUUAUUUGCCGAUAAAUGCCUUUCAUGCCUGUCUAUGCCAUUUAUGUAUUUA